AAAUGCUUCGUUUGACCAAUGCAUUUUCGAAUUGGACCAGUGGAAACAGCAGACUGGACCAAUUUAUUCAACAAACCCAGUUGGAGAAUCCUGAUUCCAGAUUUCACAUGCAAUGGAUAAAUUAUGAUGAUUUUUCGGACAUUAAAUUCGUGGCCAAAGGUGGUCACAGUUCGGUGUAUUCUGCCACCUGGUUGAACAAGACGGACCAAGUGUGGGAUGGCGUUAAACAGACUUUUGUGGAGAAGCCUUUGGUGGUUGCCCUGAAGGUCCUCAAAGAUUCACAGAAUCUUAGCAAUGAAUUUCUAGACGAGUUUAUGCGACACGCGAGUCUCAAGUUGGAUGGAUGUGUAUACACGGUUCACUGUCAUGGUGUUACUCGUCACCCGGAGACGCAAGAGUACAUCAUGGUGAUGAAUUACGCGGAGGAUGGUGAUCUCCGUCAAUACUUGCAACGACACAUCGACACCCUGCGAUGGAAGGACAUCGUGGAUAUCCUACGCGAUGUCGCUAUGGGACUCCUUAAUAUUCACAAGAAUAAAACAUAUCACAAGAAUCUUCACUGUG